AUGGCGAAUGGAAAUGCAGAUGCUUCCUGUUACACACUAAUUUCACUCACCAGUGAGAGCAAGCAGUACACGGAGCAGAAGUUGAGGGAAGAUCUUCAAAAUGAAAAUGUCAUUGUGAAGCGUGAGGCCCUUAAAGAACUUAUUCGGAAUUCCGUUAACGGAGAGAAAUAUCGUGAUCUUCUCAUGAUUGUUAUACGUUUUGUGAUGCCAUCAACUGAUCACACGAUCAAAAAAUUGCUUCACUUGUUCUGGGAGGUCGCUCCAAAAUACUCUCCUCAAGGAAAGCUUCUAAAUGAGAUGAUUCUUGUGUGUGAUGCUUAUCGACGUGAUCUCCAACAUCCUAAUGAGUACAUUCGAGGCUGCACUCUUCGCUUCUUGUGCAAGUUGAGGGAACCUGAGCUCCUUGAGCCUCUCAUGCCGUCUAUUCUUCAAUGCCUCGAACAUCGCCAUGCUUACGUUCGAAGGAAUGCUGUCCUAGCCAUCUUCACUAUUUAUAGAAAUUUUGAACACCUUAUUCCUGAUGCCCCAGAGCGCAUGAUAAAUUAUUUAGAAGGGGAGCAGGAUCCAUCUUGUAAACGGAAUGCUUUCCUAAUGCUUUUACACGUCAGUCAAGAUACUGCUGUGCGAUACCUUUCGCGUUGCAUUGACGCUGUGGACACUUUUAGCGAAACAAUGCAGUUGGUUGUUGUUGAGCUGAUCCAUCGAGUUUUCCGAUCCCAUCCUUUUGAAAAAGUGAAGUUUAUUCGCUGUGUCUUCUCCCUUUUAAAUUCGACGAGCUCAUCUGUGCGAUAUGAAGCAGCUACUACACUGAUCACACUUAGCGGAGCCUCUCCAGCUAUUCGAGCCUCAGCCAGCUGCUACGUAGAUCUUAUAUUAAAGGAGUCAGAUAACAAUGCAAAAUUAGUCAUUUUGAACAGUCUCAUUGAUUUGCGCGCCCGCCAUGAGAAGAUUUUACAAGAGCUUGUCAUGGACGUAGUCAGAAUUUUGAGUGCUUCGGAUGUGGAACUAAGAAAUAAAGCGCUCGAAUUAAUUGUUGAUCUAGUCACUACGAGGACGGUUGAUGAUUUGAUGGCUUUCCUACGCAAGGAGCUGAUUAAGGCAAGCGCCUCGGCAUAUAGUGCUUCUGCAGCGUCAUCUACAGAGAGCAACAAUGGGUCCAUGACUAAAACAGGUGGCAGUGAUGAGGAUGUCUAUAGGCACGCACUGGUUCGGACUAUUCGGGCCAUAUGCAUGAAGUUUCCGAACUGUCUCUCUGCGAUCCUUCCCACGCUUUGUGAUAUCCUGACCUAUACAGAAAUGAAAGACUCGAUGGCUGCCUUGGAAAUUUGUCGUUUUUUUCGAGACGCUGUCCUCAGGCAUCCCCAUCAUAGGGCUCCUAUUUUGGAAAAAGUUUUUCAAGUUCUUCCUUCUGUUACCGGCUUUGAGGUUCUGCGUCAUCUUCUUUGGAUAUGUGGUGAAUUUUGUACGGUUAAAUCACAAAUACUGGAAUGCAUGAGGGUCAUCCAUCAGUGCAUAGGUCCACUUCCCAUAGUUCAAAGAGAAAUUUCCCGGAUUAUGGCAGAAAACGGUCAAACAGAGGACGAAACUGUCGAAAUUACCACCAAACAGAACCCGGGUGCAAGUGCUGAAGCUGCAAUUAAAAAAGUUACUGCUGAUGGUGCCUAUGCCACUCAGUCUGCAUUCACCGUCCGAUCUGAGGCUGCAUCAACCGACGGUCUAAAGCGCCCGGUGAUCCAGACAGCUCUUUUUGCCAAUAACUUCACUAUUGGUGCCGUGGUCUCCGUUUGUCUCGUUAAACUUUUUUGCCACUUUGUCAGUCUACUGGAUGAUUCCGAUACCAACGCCUCAGUUACAGAAAAAAACAAAUUUUCCGCUGAGUGCAUACUGAUCAUUUCGAGCAUGAUUCACUUGGCUCGCAGCGGUCUCGUCGCUCAUCAUGUCAAUUCCGACACUAUUGACCGCAUGUGGACGUGCCUGGUUGCUCUCAAAGACGCCCGAACAAACGUGAUAGGGGCUUUCGGCAAAAUCAGUCGCGGUUUUCUGAAAGAGUUACUGGAUGUUCAGGAGGCGGAGGCCAAGAAGCGCAAUCCCGGCUCUGGCGACUUAUUGUCAAAUUCUACAUCUGAAACUAACGUAGUUGAUGCCCCAAUCGAUUUCGGUCUGCUUGUGCCACCUGGAGGCGAUCAGAGUGAACAGGUUGAUCAGUUCACUAUUACUCUUAACCAGGCUAUCAAGGGUACAGCAAAGGCCGGUGAUGCCUAUGCAACUUCCAAUCUCAAAAAGACGGCUUUCCUCUCUAAGGUACAUCAACUUACCGGCUUCUCCGACCCUGUCUAUGCAGAGGCCUUUGUCAGUGUUAAUCAAUUUGAUAUUGCAUUGGACGUUUUACUGGUUAAUCAGACCAAAGAUACUCUGCAAAACCUCACCCUAGAACUCUCCACUUUGGGAGAGCACAAGCUCAUCGAAAAGCCACGUCCCAUAACUUUGGCCGCACAGGACUUUGCCAAUGUCUGUGCUACCAUCAAGGUUUCCUCCACGGAAAACGGGAUAAUUUUCGGCAACAUAGUUUAUGAUACCCGAGGUUCGGCAGGCGAGUCAAACUGUAUCGUACUUUCGGAUAUUCGCAUCAACAUUCUUGAGUAUAUCCAACCAGCAACGUGUUCUGAUGCUGAUUUUCGUACCAUGUGGUCUGAUUUUGAUUGGGAAAAUAAGGUCACGGUGAGCACUCAACUGACCGAUCUGCGAACCUACUUGGAUCAAGUGACGAAAAUCACAAACUUCAAAUGUCUUACACCACCGGAGGCGCUGCGCGGGGAAUGCAACUAUCUUUGCGCCACCCUCUACGCCCGUUCAAUUUUUGGUGAGCACGUACUGGGCAAUCUCUGCCUGGAGAAGCCCGCUGAUGGUGCUCCUGUCUCUGGCCACGUACGCAUUCGUGCCAAAACCCAAGGCAUGGCUGUCACGAUGGGUGACAAGAUAAGUACCUCGCAAAAACAGUGGAAGGAUGAAAAACCCUCAGAAAAGAAUAUGAUGGAAGAUACAGAUGCGGGAUUUGCUCCCCUGAUAUCGGAUGUAUGA